AUGAAUUUUUUAAAAGAUUUACAGUGGAGCGAAACUCUUGAGAAAUGGUUGCAAAACGUAACGGUUUUUUUUUACAUGAAUUUUUUAAUACUGUGGUUUUCAUUCGGGUGGCCGAUAUUGAUAAUACUGUUCAUUUUCGUACCUAUAACAAGGUAUCCGUUUCUUUUGUACCUCGGUUGGAUGUACUACGACAGGAAAUCCGUUAUUUUAGGCGGAAGAAGCAGCGAAUGGGUUCGAAGAUGGAAAAUUUGGAAAUAUCACAACGAUUAUUUUCCGGUGACCCUACAUAAAACGGCGGAUUUGCCACCUGAUAAAAAUUAUCUCAUAUGCGGUUUUCCACACGGAAUAUUGAGCACGGGAUCUUUCAGCGCUUUCGGAACUCAUUACGGUGGAUUCGAAAAACUUUUCCCGGGUUUGACGUGUAACAUAAUGACUCUCGAACAACAUUUUAGUUUUCCGAUAUUUCGAGAGUAUUGUUUUCUCAUAGGUGCUCUUCCGGCUUCGGCCGCUUGUUUGAAUCAUUUUUUCAACAAGAAAAAAAAAGGUACGGCACUCGCAUUGAUGGUGGGAGGAGCACAAGAAGCAUUUUAUUCUCAACCCGGUGUCUACAAGAUAAAUUUAAAACAGAGGAAAGGAUUCGUCAAGAUCGCGUACAAGAACGGUGCGUCUCUCGUACCGUCGAUAUCCUUUGGAGAACCUGACCUCUACGAACAAGUGACAUUUUCCGAGGGUAGCUUUUUGAAAAAGGUUCAAAUGCAAUUUAAAAAAGCCACGGGUGUGGCACCGUUGAUUUUUCACGGUCAGUUCGGACUCAUGCCUCAUAAGAAACCGUUGAACGUAGUCGUUGGAAAACCGAUCGAGGUCGAAAGAAUCGACGAACCGAGUCAAGAACAAAUCGAUGAUCUUCAUUCGAGAUUUAUCGAAUCAUUGGAAAAAUUAUUCGAAACCGAAAAGCACAAAUACAUCGAAAAUGCUAAAGAAACGAAUUUGAUAAUCGAUUAG